ACUGGCCGAGCCACAGUAUAGAAAUAAACAAAAGCAAAUAUGUUGUAUUCAAUUUGAGCUUUAUGGAUUUAAAGCAGUGCUUAACUGGUUUUCCUUAAUUAGCGCCUAGCGUUGUUUUAAUUUAUUUUAGUUGCGCUUCCUUUUUGAGCCAUGCCGAAAACAGCCGGCGUAGUAGCCACAUUGGCAGGAGGUGGCGAACCCAGUUCGCCAGUGCAAAAGGUUUGGAAGCCCGAAUUGUAUAAAAUACAACUGGACGCACCGGCACCCCAUCCUGUGCGCUGUCAGCGCACCUUACCUCUGCCGCCUGCCAACAGCACCGCCGACGCCGUCGAAAACAACAGCCAGGCGGUGCGUCUCUAUGGCAGCGAAUAUCAUGGCGUCAUGGGACACCUGGAGGCGGAGCAGCUGCUGGCAAAUGCCCCCGACGGCAGCUACCUGGUGCGGCGCAGCCCCAAAACGGAUGGCUACUAUACGCUGAGCGUGCGCUUCAACAAACGCUGCAAACACUUCAAGGUCUUCCACAAGCCGGGCAGCGGCCAUCAUUUGCGCGAGCAGGACAAACAUUAUGAGACGGUGCAUGAGAUGGUCGCCGAUGGCCUAAUUAACUUCCAUAUGCAGCUAUAUGCCAGCCCCAUUAUACAGCAGAUCAAUCAGCAAACCAAAAACUGUUACCAGCAGAGUCCAUACAUGACGCUGAAUCGUCGCAAGCUGCGCGCGCUCUCCAAUGAGCUGGGCAAAUCAGCCAGUGUGGACACAUCCGAUGCAGCAGCCCCGAUGCCCUCAGUGCAGGACAGUCCGCCACAGCCGCAGCAGGACCAGCAGCAACAGCAGCAGCAGCAGCAGCUGCCCCAACAGGAUCCCAUGCCGCUGGUAUAUGAGAAGCCCCACAACUUCAAGGUGCACACGUUCAAGGGUCUGAACUGGUGUGAGUUCUGUGCCAACUUCCUGUGGGGCUUUACGGCGCAGGGCGUCAAAUGUGAUGCAUGCGGCUUCAUGGCGCACAACAAAUGCUCGGAGCUGGUGCCUCCGAAGUGUGUGCCCGAUCUGAAGUGCAUACGGGGUGUGUUUGGCACCGAUCUGACCACCAUGGUGCAGCUGCAUCAAUGCAACAUCCCGUUCGUGGUCCGCCGCUGUGUGGAGGAGGUGGAGGCGCGUGGCAUGCUCCAAGAGGGCAUCUAUCGCGUCUCCGGCUUUGCCGAUGAGAUCGAUGCGCUCAAGCUGGCCCUGGACCGCGAUGGCGAAAAGACGGACAUGUCCGAGGGCGCAUAUGGCAAUGUCAAUGUCAUUGCGGGCACCUUGAAGCUCUACCUGCGCCUGCUGCCCGUGCCGCUGAUCACGUUCCAGGCCUACCCCAGCUUUAUGGCUGCAGCCCGUAAUGGAUCGCCCGCGGAGCAGCUCCAGCUUAUGGCGGAGGCCGUGCGUCGCCUGCCACCGGCGCAUUUCAAUUGCCUGCAGUAUAUGUUGGAGCAUCUGAAGCGCGUCGCCUCCCACUAUGCCGUCAACAAGAUGAAUGAGCACAAUUUGGCAACUGUGUUUGCGCCCACGCUGAUAGCCACGCCCCAGCAUAUGACGAAUCUCACGGAGGAGAUAUUUAUGCUCUCCUCGCUGAUCACGCACUGCGAGAAAAUCUUUGCCUCCAGCUCGAGAAAGCAAUAAGCCGCAUCUCGCUCUUCCACUCGCGCCGUCUCUGUCUUAUCCAUAACUCAGUCCAUCUCUUUCUGAUUGGAGUCCUUAAUUAGUUGUAAUAUUUUAGCCAAGCGUUUAUUUAUUUGUGGAAAAACGAAAACAUUUUGCCGCAUUCUCGAUGCAUUCACCAAAAACUUAGACUCUAAAUAGAAUAAAUAUAUAUAUGUACAUGUAUUAACAAGCC